UUUUUGUUUUUCUGGUAGAUGUGCGCUGGCUUGAAAGCUCAGGAUAUUGCGAGCUCAUUUAAAAAGAUGGUUAACAAACGUGAGAACCUGGAAACUCUGGGAGGGAUGUCAACGGCCUCCUCUGAAGGCACCACGCACUCUGUACGCUUAGAAGAACAGUUGGCAUUCUCUGACUGGAUAAACUCUAACCUUGGACACGAUCCUGACCUGAAACAUCUGCUGCCCAUUGACGGAGAAGGUCGCUACUUGUAUGAUAAAGUUAAGGAUGGCAUUCUUCUUUGCAAAGUGAUUAAUCACUCAUGUCCAGACACCAUUGACGAGAGAGCCAUUAACACCCGCAACUUAACACUGUACACCAAGCAUGAGAACCUCACUCUGGCACUCACCUCAUCUCAGGCCAUUGGCUGCAAUGUUGUCAAUAUUGAUGCUCAUGACUUGGCUAAAGGAAAACCUCACCUAGUGUUGGGUCUGCUGUGGCAGAUUAUUCGCAUUGGGUUGUUCAAUCAGAUCACCCUGGAGCAUUGCCCAGGUCUAGCCAACUUGCUGGAAGAUGGAGAGAAGAUCGAGGAGCUGAUGAAGCUCUCCCCUGAGGCUAUCCUUCUCCGAUGGGUUAACCACCACUUGGAGCGUGCUGGUGUUAACAGACGCUGCACAAACUUCAUGAGUGACAUCAAGGACUCAGAGAUCUAUUCUCAUUUACUGAAGCAUUCACCCAACGAUGCUGGUGUGACCAUGGAGGCACUCUCUGAACAAGAUUUAAUGGCCAGAGCCGAAAUAAUGUUGCAACAAGCAGAAAAACUGGGUUGCCGUAGCUUCCUGACCCCACAGGAUGUAGUGGAAGGAGUUUACAAGCUAAAUGUGGCUUUUGUUGCUAACCUCUUCAAUAACCACCCUGGACUUGACAAGCCUGAAAAUAUUGAUUUUGAGGGCCUUGACCACAUUGAAGAAACUAGGGAAGAAAAGACCUAUCGUAACUGGAUGAACAGUAUGGGCGUUAACCCCCAUGUUAAUUGGCUGUACUCCGACCUUGCUGAUGGCAUCAUCAUCUUCCAGUUGUAUGACAUCAUCAGACCCGGUGUUGUUGACUGGAAGCGGGUCCACAGUAAGUUCAGCAAACUGAAGAAGUUUAUGGAGAAACUUGAAAAUUGCAAUUAUGCAGUUGAGCUUGGCAAACAGCUGAAGUUCAGCCUUGUGGGUAUUGCCGGACAAGACUUAGCAGAUGGCAACCCAACUCUCACUUUAGCCCUGAUCUGGCAGUUGAUGAGGGCAUACACCCUGUCCAUCUUAACACAGUUAGCAGAUUCUGGCAGCCCUAUUGUAGAGGCCGAGAUCAUCACAUGGGUCAAUUCCAAAUUAAAGGAAGCUGGCAAGACAUCAAGCAUCAGAAGCUUCCAGGACUCUAGUCUCCAGAAUGCCCUUGCUGUUAUUGACCUUGUUGAUGCCAUUAAACCCGGCACAAUCAAUUAUGAUGUUGUGAAGAUAACAAAGGAUGAAGAGGAUAAUAUUGCCAAUGCUAAGUAUGCAAUUUCGAUGGCACGAAAGAUUGGCGCUCGGAUCUAUGCCCUCCCUGAAGACUUCACUGAAGUGAAACCCAAGAUGAUCAUGACAGUGUUUGCAUGUCUCAUGGCACGAGACUACAUACCCAAUAUGGAUACCAAAAAGAAUUAAAUUAGGUGAACAAAAAUUGAGUGUUUGAAGUGUAUAUGUUGUAUGAAUGGUACGUAAUGUUUCUUAAAAUGUAUAGACUUUUUAUAAAAUUUUCAUCGAGCUUUGCUAUCGCAGAAUUUCAUGGCUUUUGAUGUGGUGAAUUAGCAUAAGGCCCAUAUUCAGGACACAUGCCUAAAUGAAGCUGUGUACUCUUUGUUAUGCUGUGCCAACAUAUUUGCUCUAAUCAGUAUCAUCUGUGCUUUUAUGUCCACAUGGUGAAUAUUGGGAAGAAUAAUUAGGUAAACAUUCACUAUAUUUAUAUAAACACUUAAGGAACUGAGGCAGUGCUGCACAUGGCCGGGAGAGCAUUGUAUCCUGAGUAUUGCUUGAUGUAAAGCAUGCUGAAUAUGGGUAUAAGAUUCCAUUGUUCAGCAUUUUGUAGACACAGCUGACAGUAUUUUCUAAGUUGCUAGACUUAAUCAGUCAUUGCACUAAGUGACUUAGUAGUAAUAGCAAAGAAUGUAGGAUUUAAUUGCACAGUCAAUAACAAGGCUUUAUCCUUGGGUAGUUUUUUAACAUGAUUUGUAUAUCAGUAUUGAAAACACAUUUUAGAAGUUAUUGACUCAUUGAUCAUAUCAGUGACAUGGGUUUUACAAGAAAAGUUUUUAAGAGUUUUAUUUUAAGCAUAAGUUCAAAUUUAAAACUGAAGUUUUGAUCAUAAAAUAGUGCUUUGUUGCCAUGUCUGUGUUUAAUUAUAUACAUGUCAGCAAGACCAAACACUGCCUACAUUAACAAUCUGUCAUAGCCAGAAUAAUUUACAUCAUAUUUUUUUAUUAAAGUUUACUG